UGUGAGCUCCUAAUCACUUACUGCUGUUUCUUGCACAUGUGAAAGGCCAAUUUCAACAGCCAGUAUUAUACGCUAAAGAAACACGCUUAAAUAGACAAAACAAACAAAAUAGAAUAUAAACAAAUGGCGGAAGUUAAACAAACGGUUGUUGAAGGCGUCGAUGCACUAACGUUGAACGGCAAAUCAGACGCGGACACUGUGGAAACGGCAACCGAUGCACAGGCCCAAGAAACUGCAGGAGACGAAGCAACAACAAAUGCGGAUGAUGUUGUGGAUCCAUGGAACGUUGCUAGCAGCAACGAUGCAGGCGUCGACUACGACAAGCUAAUAAAGCGCUUCGGUUCAAGUAAAAUCGAUGAUGAACUUAUCGCACGAUUUGAAAAAAUUACGGGGAAGCCAGCUCACCAUUUUCUUAGACGUGGCCUGUUCUUUUCGCAUCGCGAUCUGCACACGAUACUUACACUACGCGAGCAGGGCAAACCGUUCUAUUUGUACACUGGCCGUGGGCCCAGCUCGGGAUCCUUGCACAUUGGUCACUUGGUGCCGUUUAUUAUGACCAAAUGGCUGCAGGAGACAUUUGAUGUACCGCUGAUCAUUCAACUUACUGACGAUGAGAAAACAUUGUGGAAAGAUCUUAAAAUCGAGGAAGCCAUCAAAUUGGCUCGCGAAAAUGCCAAGGAUAUUGUUGCUAUGGGAUUCGAUGUGAACAAGACGUUCAUCUUCAACAAUCUGGAGUUUAUGGGUAAAUGUCCCGCUAUGUACCAGAAUAUUAUACGCAUUCAGAAGUGUGUCACCUUUAAUCAGGUGAAGGGCAUUUUCGGCUUUGGCGACUCUGAUAUCAUUGGCAAGAUUGGCUUUCCCGCCGCCCAGGCAGCGCCGGCGCUGUCCAGCACAUUUCCCUUCAUCUUUGGCAAUAAGAAGGUGCAUUGCUUGAUACCCUGCGCCAUCGAUCAGGAUCCCUAUUUCCGCAUGACACGCGAUGUUGCUCCGCGUCUGGGUUUCCCCAAAUGUGCGCUGCUGCACUCAAGCUUCUUUCCAGCAUUGCAGGGCGCCAAGACGAAAAUGUCGGCCAGCGAGCAAAACUCUGCUGUGUUCUUAACCGACACGCCGAAGCAGGUCAAGAAUAAGAUCAAUAAAUAUGCAUUUUCUGGCGGACGCGUCACUGUGGAGGAGCAUCGUAAGCUGGGCGGCAUUCCCGACAUUGAUGUGGCCUAUCAGCUGUUGAAAUUCUUCCUCGAGGACGAUGCCAAGCUGGAGGAAGUGCGUGUAGCCUACAGCAAGGGUGAAAUGCUCACCGGAGAAAUCAAGAAGCUCGCUAUUGAGACUGUUACGCCCAUUGUGGAGCAGCAUCAGGCUGCGCGUAAACUGAUCACGGAUGAGGUGCUGGACAAAUACUUUGAGCUGCGACCUCUGAAAUACGGCAGUUAAAAGUACAUAAACGAUAUGUACACAAGCAUUAAUAGCAAACAAAUAAAAAAAAGAAUGUUUAACGUAAUAAAUUAAAUAUUAAACUUAUUCACAUUUUUAACAAAAGUGAACAAGUCUAAAAAAAGCAAAGAAAUAUAUUUAUUGAACGUUUGUCACAGCUGAAAGCUUGCUAGACUUUCUUAAGCUUCAUUGUGCUCGCUAUUUAUUUACUAAGCAAAACAGAAAAAAUAUAUUGUUUGAUUAUUUUUAUACGCAUUAAUCAAUAAACGUAAACUCCGUCUCCGA